AUGAGCACACCUCCUCCGCCCCCGCCGCACGGCGAGGUGCCCCGAUCGUCGGGGUUGCCGCCCGGCAAGUACGACAUUUUCGUCAUACCGGAGCAUUCGGCCGGGUCGGGGUUCCUCUACCUGCCGUCGCUGCGGCCCAACGUCAACAGCUUCUUCGCGGGGUUUGCGUCGGCCCUGAUACUGGUCGCCCUGUUCCAGAGCAUGGCGCCGGCUUUUCGCGUGUGGUGGGAGAGCUUCCAGGGUCUGGGGAACAUGGGGAUGACGCUGCUCAUCAUCGGCGUCGGAUUUGGUGCGUGGGCGCUGGGCAGGACGCAGAAAGACGGCACGUCGUCGAGUUCUCGCCAUUAUCAAAGCUGGCACAGCAGCGGUGGUAACGGAGGAUACUCUUCAGGCGGAUUCGGAAACUCGGGUCCUAGGGCAUCUCCUGGUGGAGGAGCGGGAGAAGCACCACCACCUCCGCCUCCUCACGGUAGCCCACCACCGCCUCCUCAUGGUAGUCCGCCACCACCUCCUCACGGCAGUUCACCGCCGCCUCCACCCCGUGGAAGAGGAGGAGGACCGCCGCCGCAUCGUCGGCCGCAGUCGCCGCCAGAACCAUCACCGCCUCCAUCGCGGCAGCCAUCACCACGACCACCACCACGACCACCACCGCAGCCAUCACGGCAGCCAUCGCCACGACCACCGCCACGACCACAACCGCAACCAGCACCUCAGUCAGCACCUGAGCCAGCAUCGCAACAAGCUCCUCAACCACCGCCACAGCCGGCCCCUGGACCGGCACCUCAGCCGGCACCGCCACCUCAACAAGCUCCUCAAGCACCACAGCCGGCCCCUCAGCAAGCUCCUCAACCACCACCACAGCCGGUACCUCAGCAAGCUCCUCAACCAACACCACAGCCAGAAUCGCAACCACCACCGCAGCCAGCACCGCAACCACCACCGCAGCCAGCACCGCAACCACCACCGCAACCAGCACCUCAACCAGCGCCACAACCACCACAGCCAGAAAAGCCAAAGACGUCGUGGCAACGGCCAGCACCAGCGCCCAAUUCGCCAAAAUCUCAAACGCCCAAGGGAACAUGGGAAAAGGCUCGUGAAGCGACGAGAAAGAAGGAGGAGGAGCGAAAAGCCAAAGAAGCGGAGCAAAAGCGACGUGAAGAGGCGGCAAAACGACUGGCAGAGCUGCGAGCCAAGGAGGCAAAGGAGCGGCAAAAGAGGGAGCACGAGAGAGAGCAAAAGGAAAAGGAGGCCAAAGAAAAGAAGCUAAAAGAGGAAGCCGAGCAGCGACGUAAAGAGCUCGUCGAGAGACUAAGGCGAGAGAAGGAGGAGAAAGAAAAGGAGGAGCAAAAGAAGAAAGAGGCCGAGGCCGAGGCCGCAGCCGCAGCCGCAGACGCAGCUGCUUCCCCGACAUCAGCAGCCGGUGUAGGAUCCCCUCGGACAGGGAGCUCGUAUGCUUUCUCAGGAGUUGGCGAGAGGAUGAGCAUGUGGCCCAACGGCCGUCCACCGCAGCCGCCGCCGUCUUCCGCGGGGUCGUCACCGGGAAAGAAACCGCCCGCCCCGACGGCAAAAACACAUGUCAGCACGCCGAACGGGGACGCGCACUCAUUCCGGCCGUACGAUCAACCACGGAGCACGCGUCGCAGGCCCUCUGCCUCUUCCUUUACCGCUUCCGACGCAUCGUGGGCGCAGUCCCACACCACGUCUCGAACGUCGCCCCCGCCCUCCGUACGCGGCCGCGGUCCGUACACGACCAAGGACCCCGACAAGAUUGUCAUCCAGGCCGUGUACCUGUUCAUGAACCAGUACGCCAAGACGCCGGCCAGCCAGCUCGUCUCCGGCGUGGGAUCCGUCACGGACGGCCUCAUCCUGCGCGUCACGACGGCGGGCCUCUUCAUCGACGACGACGUCCGCGGCGUGCCCCAGCGUGAAUGGGACGUCAAGGCGUGGACGCUCAAGCUCGUCGAGGUGUGGUGCCCGCCGCACUGCCUGAGCGCGUCCGCCGCCACGGCCGCGCCGAGCCCUCUGGCGGGAGCCAAGAGCGCCCCCCACCUGCUCUACAAGAUGGCCACGGCGCGGAGACACGCCGACCGCGACAGCUGCAAGGUCCUCAACGGCGACGAGGCCGACGCGUUCCUCGCCGACAUGCUGCACGCCUGCAAGGACUGCUGCCGCCUCGGCCUGUGCGAGCGGAGGUUCGGAAACACAAACAUACAGUCCCCCAACGGGCACACGGGCGCGUGGAAGGCCAAGGGCCUGCACAUACUCCGCGCCACCGUACGGGACCAAGAAGGCAAGAGGUACUUGUUUGUCAUGAACGAGACGGAGAGCUGGAAGCUGGCGGUCGGGCUGCAGCGGCUGCGAGGCGGCACGCAAGUCCGGCAGCUGGGCGUGGCCGGCAUGGCGCCAUCGGAAGCGCGAGGGACGCUGGAGAUGCUGGGAUGGUCUGGCUGA